AUGUCUUCUAUCCCACGCUCUCUAUCUCGCCUAUUGCGCAAACAAACACCAGCGACAGCAGCGCAGGUCUCCAGAAUUACAACUGUCCCAAUCCGCAGUGCACAAACCCAAGCCGCCCCAUCAGCGCUCAAGAGCACACCACCACCAUUCCAACAUGCCCACCAACAGCCCCCAUCCACAUCCACACCUACUUCCAAAAGCCGCGACGCUAACGACGACAUAAUCGCCAACCACCCAAUCCUGCACACCCUGCGCCAGGACCGCAGCCUAAAAGAAACCCGCCCCCACCUCUCAAUGCCACCUACCCUGCGCCCGUCGCACUUCGUUGCAGGCACACUAGCCGGCGAGGGAAAGCUCACUAGUGCACCUUAUAUGUUCCUAUCCCAACACUCCAAGCGUGACAAAAAUGUCAAUGCGGAACCGCGCCAGAGCCGUGGCGUGACGGUCUUCCACACAGGCAGGCAUAUGUGUGGACAUCCGGGGUACGUGCACGGCGGGUUCCUAUCCGUGAUGUUCGACGAGGUAUUUGCGCACACCGUUGCGCAGUCAUUUCGGAGUGGGACGGGGAUGACGGCGAAUCUCAACGUGGAUUUCCGGAAGCCGGCCCUACCGGGGCGUGUGUAUGUGCUGCGGGCUGAGACGGUCAAAGUAGAGGGGAGGAAGGCGUGGGUUGAAGGGACGAUGACGAUGAUGCCGGCAGGUUCGGGGGGCGAGGAGGAGGCUGUGCUUGUUGCGGAGGCUAGAGCGUUGUUUAUCGAGCCGAAGUUUGCUGAGAGAUUCCCCUAUUUUAGGCUCCUUCUCAAGCCGAAGACACAGCUGGUCGUCGAAAAAGAAUGA